CCCCUCCUAUCCUCCAACUUCAGAAGCAGAUUAAUUAGUUAGCCUAUCUCAUUAGAGAGAAACUACUUCUGUUUUCUUCCUAGAAUUUCAACAACUUCUGCAAUUAAAUUUGGCAUUGUUUCUGCUACUGAUUCUCCCUGCCUUUCUCUCACAAAUCCAAACAUGAAAAAAAUGGAUCUUUUCUGUGCUUCUCCAGCUUCCACAGCUAUCUGCUCUAGCCUAGACCAUCGUUCCAUGGUCCGUAGUGGUACUACCAGACCCAUUGGUUACCAGAAAUCCAAACCUUAUGCUCCUUGUUCGUCUCAUCAUUUACCCUAUAAUCCUAAACCUGAUUAUGAGACGAACAGAAAGAGUUCUGCGAAUAAGCAAGGUGAUUUUCGCGGGAAAAGCUUUGCUGAUAAUGAUAGAGAGAGCAGUACUACUUCUCGUGCAAAACAAACUGGUGAUUUACGUAGAAAAAGCUCUGCUGAUAUAAGGGAUCUCCAUAGUCCAACAGUCUCCUCCUCUAGGUAUCUUCUGAGUGAUAAAGUACCCUAUAUUGAUUGGAUUUCGGAGUCUAAUGAUCAUACCUCCGCAUUGGUUCUUGAUCCUGCUCAACGUUCCAAGCCUGGCCAUACAGGCUCAAGUAAUGCUCCUGCUACUCCUCGAGGAUCUUGUUCACUAGCUAAUUACUCUCGUGACUGGAUUUUGGAGCCUCAUCAAACUACAAAGUCUAGGCAUUCCAGCUCAAUUGAUCAUUCUCCUGCUUUAAAAUCUUCUUCCUCAGCUCGCUCCCGAGACCAGGUCGUCGUUUUGUGGGUGUCAAUCCAUUGCAAGGGCUGUGAAGGAAAAGUGAGAAAGCAUAUUUCCAAAAUGGAAGGAGUGACAUCAUUUAGUAUAGAUUUGGCUACAAAGAAAGUUACAAUUAUAGGAAAUGUGACCCCCUUCGGAGUUCUUGCUAGUGUGUCCAAGGUGAAGAAUGCACAGCUUUGGCCGUCUCCGGCGACAACAUCAACUGCGUCCUACAUCUCCUCCACCAGAAGAUCCACCUGAGCUAUAUAUGGAGCGCUAGCUAGGUUUUUUUACUUAUCUUCUUCUCAACCUUUUCUUUUUUGUUAAUUCUGCUUGGCGUGUGUGAAAUACUCCCAGGAUCAAGUUGUGUGUUUUUAUUAUUAAUUAUUGGCUGUUUAAUCACUAGUCUAAUAUAUAUUAUAUAUGUACUGUAAAUGUGAACUCUUUUUAUGUGAUCGAAUUGAGAAAAACUUAUAUAAA